AUGACCGCAGAAUUGGAAACCUUCAAGAUAUUUUUGUUGAGACAUGGUCAAAGUGAGUUAAAUCAUGAAAAUAUAUUUUGCGGUUGGAUUGAUGCCAAAUUGACUGAUAAAGGUAAGAGUCAGGCACAACAUUCAGCUGCUUUAAUUAAGGAUUAUUGUGAACAAAACAAAGUACCAUUGCCUGAAAUAGGUUUCACUUCGAGGUUGGUUAGAACUCAACAAACUAUGAGUGUUCUUCUUCAAGAAUUAGGAUUGAAAGGUACUAGCUCCGUCAUAAGUGGAAAUCCAGAUACUUUGUCCAAUAUAAAGAUGGAAGAUUUGCGUAAGGAUCAGGGUACAAUACCCGUAUUACAAACCUGGAGAUUAAAUGAACGUCAUUAUGGUUCAUGGCAAGGUAAGAGAAAACCUGAAAUUUUAAAAGAAUACGGAGAUGACCAAUACAUGUACAUCAGAAGAGAUUACAAUGGGAAACCUCCUAAGGUCGAUUUGAAGUUAGAAAUGAUCCAAGAAACAAAUGAGCAAGGCUCUUCGACUGGCUACGAUUUUAAAGAGCCGAACAGACACUUGAAAUAUGGUGAUGAAGAGGCUAACAACGAAAAAUUACCUGCUGGUGAAUCCUUGGCAGAUGUUGAAAAAAGAAUCAAACCAUUUUUAAACGAUGUUGUGUUAAGACUCGGCAAAGAAAAUGGACUAAGUUCUUGUUUGAUUGUGGGCCAUGGUAGUUCAGUUAGAUCACUCCUAAAGAUAAUUGAGAACAUAUCCGAUGAAGAUAUAAAGGGAAUUGAUAUUCCUAACGGUAUCCCAUUGGUUGUCGAAUUGGAUAGACACACCUCUACAUUGGUAAGAAGCUUCUAUUUAGACCCAGAAUCUGCCAAGAUUAAUGCUGAAAAGGUUCGCAAAGAAGGUUUUGAAAAUAAUCCAUAA